UUUCUCAGCUCUCUGAGUUUUCUUGCGCAAACUAUCUCGUGAUACAUCUCGAAGUUGUAACCCCGUUUCUUGGGAUCUCUGUUUACGAAGCAAGUUAAGCUGUUUUGUAAUGGAAUCAUAUAAGGCACCGGCAUAAAAUUUCUUCCUGAUUAGCUCGAUUUGCUUUAUCUUCAGCGUCAAAAGCUCUAUCGCAUAACUGAGCUAGAUGUUGUAAGGCUUCAUCAAUGCUAGAUUUGUUAUCAGAGCUGAUAAGUAAUCGAGUCGAGAACUUGAGGCCUUUUCUCUUCAGGAGAUAUUGGAAGAGACUCUUGAGCUUGAAGUUUCUUCUCUCUAUUACGUUGUCUAAUCUCAUUACUAACCUUUUUCUUAUGCACCUCAUCCAAGAAAGCGUCCGUUUCCUUGUCUUCAGAUUCCAACUCCUCGAUUCUGGCCUUGAGUUUGGCAUUUUCAGCAUCACGCCUCUUAUUAUAUUCCCCAUUCGCUCUUAUUCAGCAUCAGACACUGAGAGCUUGAUUCUAAGACCGGAAUUCUCAGCCUCAAGCUCAGUGAUGCGCUGUUUCAAUAAUUCAAGCUCGGAUGACAUGAUCUAUAUAUAUAACUAAUACACUGUACAUAAUUAUUCAAAAUAAAAAUAUAUACGUAUUUUUGGCCGGGGCCCCCGGCUGAAAUUUGCCAAGAAUUUUUUUUAUUUACAGCUGUAUUCAUAA